CAUGCAAAUUUUGACAGGCAUGGCGGAUGCCGAUUCAUUGUACGAGCUUAGCUCGGAUCAAGACGUUGAUCCUGAUGCCAUUGAUGGCGAUGUUGAAACUAACGACACGGCAGACGAUGGGGUUGGAGAAUCUCUCAAGGUCAAGAAGAGCAGGAAGAAGAAGAUGCGUCGACCGAGGGACUUUGAGAAAUCCAGCGGGGACUCUGACAGUCAGACAAUGAGUGAGGACCAGGAAAUCCAUGAACAUCAUCAUCAUCACCACCACUGCCACUCACACCACCAUAUGGAAGGAAAAAAGAAACAGGACAGCUACCUAUCUGGGUCUGGCGCGGAGGCUGACACAGAGGGGCAGGACACUACACAUGAGAUAGGGGCUGCAGAGGAAAGGGACAGCAGGGGACCCAAGUCUCCUAGCAACAUAAAAAACACUGGGCCUGAAACUAUGUUUACCAAUUCCCAGAUUCAGAAGACAGUUAAAGACUUGGAGUUGUUGUCCCUGAUGUCAACCAAUGCUGCUCCAAAGUCUCUAGACGAGGCAGCCAAGAAACGAUACCAGUUCUGGGAAACACAGCCGGUACCAAAAAUCAAUGAGAAAGUGGAUGGGAAUGAAGAGAUUGAGGCAGACAAAACUGCAACGGAGAUAAGACAGGAUUCAUACUCCCUCCCUGCGGGAUUCAAGUGGGACACACUUGAUAUACGGGACCCUCUCAUUUUGAAAGAGCUAUAUACCUUGCUGAAUGAAAACUAUGUGGAGGAUGAUGACAACAUGUUCAGGUUUGACUACUCGCCCGAAUUCUUGCAAUGGGCUCUCCAGCCCCCAGGUUGGCUCAAGGACUGGCACUGUGGGGUGCGGGUGGUUAAGAGUGGCAAGCUUGUGGGCUUCAUCAGCGCUGUGCCCGCACAUGUCAAGAUCUAUGAAAAACAGAAACGUAUGGUAGAGAUUAACUUCCUCUGUGUUCACAAGAAGCUGCGAUCAAAGCGAGUGGCGCCAGUUCUGAUAAGGGAGAUAACUCGCAGAGUGCAUUUGCGAGGACUGUUCCAGGCUGUUUAUACGGCAGGAGUUGUCCUUCCUAAACCAGUUGCCAGUUGUAGAUACUGGCACAGGUCGUUGAACCCUAAGAAGUUGAUCGAGGUGAAGUUCUCUCAUCUCACUAGGAACAUGACAAUGCAGAGGACACUGAAACUCUACAAACUGCCUGAACAAACAAAAGUGCGGGGGUUCAGACUGUUCACUCCAGCAGAUGUUACAGAGACUUUUCAGCUUUUAGCAAAGUACUUAAAUGGACUUGAUCUGUCACCAGUGUUUACUGAAGAGGAGUUCAGACAUUGGUUUAUACCACGUAAAGGCAUCAUUGACAGCUUUGUUGUAGAGAACAACGGUGUGAUAACAGACUUUGUUAGUUUCUACUCGCUGCCCUCCACUGUGAUGCACCACCCUGUGCAUAAGACCCUGCGUGCGGCGUACUCAUUCUACAACGUGAGCACUGUCACCCCCUGGGUGGAUCUUAUGCAGGAUGCACUUAUCAUGGCAAAGAAUCUGGGUUUUGAUGUCUUCAAUGCCCUGGACCUGAUGCAGAACAAGCAAUUCCUGGACAAGUUAAAGUUUGGUAUCGGGGACGGUAACUUGCAGUACUACCUGUAUAACUGGCGCUGCACACAGAUGGAACCUUAUCAGGUUGGUCUAGUACUGCAAUGAGGUAACCUAUCUGCUAGUUCAUCUGUCCCCAGCCAUAUGUGCUCUUGCUCAUCAGACAUCAUCAAGUCUCCUACAAUUUCAUGUAGUGUUUAACCCUUUACCACGUUAAUAUGUUUGUUAUUCUUAGAAAAUCAAAUUAUAGUUUAGACCCUGUUACUAGAUUCAACUUUUGACAGCAUCUUUUCCAACCAUAAGGUACUGAUGUGCAGCAGUACUGAGGAACAGACUGCAAGUUUCUCUCACUUUAAUGUAGAGAGUGGGAACUGGUUAACGGUUACCCUUUUCCCUUAUAAACACAUUUUGAGCAUUUGAAGUCCUUAAGAAAAUCAAAUUGAAUAUAAGUCCUUUCUUAAUAUAUUUAAGUUUGAAAGGCUUUAUUUCCAACCAUAAGAUUAAUGAUGUGUAGCAAACAGCACAAAACCUGAACAGACUGCGAGGGCUUUUCUGGUUUAAUGCUGGUUGCAAAAACCAUUUUCACUUUGCUUCUGAUGGGGAAAGGGUUAAUGGACACAUGCUGGUCAAAGCUAGCAUGUAUCAAACAUAAGUAUUGUUUUUCUUUACAUGACAGGGUCUCUUUGAUAGUGCUAUUUCCUGGGAAUUCAAACAAAUGGCAAAUGAAGAUUGAUUGCAGUGUAAAAAAAAGAUAGGAACAAACUAUGAAUCUUAGGUGUAAAUAACUUCAUAACUUACCUUUUAUUGAGUUAUACAAAAUAUAAAAGUAAUAUUUUCAAAUGUAUACUUAACCCUUAAAGCGCUGGAGCCGAAUUUUAAAGGCCUUUGCAAACAGUUUGGAUCCAGAUGAGACGCCACAUAACGUGGCGUCUCAUCUGGAUCCAAACUGUUUGCUAUUCUGAUAGUAUUCUUUGAAAAAAAAUGAAGAAAAUGCUUAUUUUAGAAAUUCAGCAGACGACAUUUUAGCAGAAGACAAAUUACCCAGCAUGCAAAGGGUUAAAACCCUAAUGAACUUGACAUUAUUUUAUAUUGAAGUUCUUCCAUAAAAUGUAUAACCCACAAGGUAUCACGAUGCAAAAUAAAAAUUCUGUAGAAGAUUUGUUCCCAAGCAAUACUUCAGCAUGAAAAUAUUAUGUAAUAACAAGUCAAUUUUGAUCUGAGCUUCUUUGGAUCAGUUUAGUAUUGAGUGAAACAGUAUCUGCUGUAGAGAAAUGCAGAAGGAUAUGAACUUUUUCAUGCGAAAAUGGGUCAUAUGACAUUUGCGAUGAGAAUAGCUCCAGACUAGAUUGCACAGUGUGGUCAGGGGCUAUGCUGUCCCCUUAAACCCUUUCCUGCUCAGAACAAAGUGAAAAUUGCUAUGUGUAACUCGCAGUCUGUUCAGGUUUUUAUGCUGUUUGCUGCUCAUCAGUAUCUAAGGGUUGGAAAUGAAGCCUUUAAAACUUGAAUCUAGUAAGAAAGGUCUUUAUUUACAUUUAACUUUCUUAGGGACUACAAAUGUGUAAGCAUUAGUAUCUAAGGGGUAAAGUAGCGCAUGGUAUCAGUGUCUUAUAGCAGAUGGGGUAGAUCCUGACCAGAUGCACAGGCUGUGUUGGAGCUCCUAUUGCUAAAGACUAGUUUUUGCAUGACCUAAGUCAUUAGAAAAUUCUGACUUAUACUUUACCAAUGGAUAUUUCAAUACAUGUAAACAGAAGAAAAUUUGUGGGGAAAAUGAGAAUUAAAACUAUGACUUGAAUAAUAAUCCAGAGCAUUUUCAUUGAUUAUUGUGUCUCAACAGUUGCAUGGACCCAGUGUGCAGUUGAUAACAUUUUGUAUUUGAUAAGUUUAUAACUUACAACUUAAAAAAUUAUUAUACUGUUUUGUUUAUGGAUAUUUGUAAAUCCACCCAUGUAAUUGUGUGCAUGAUUGCUUAUAUCACAUAGUGUUAAGGGGUGUUGAGGCAGUUUAUUUGACCGAGGAUGCCGGUAUAUUUAUAGCAACGUCCAGAUGGUUUCCGGAUGAAAACUCAAGAGGGCUUAUGCCAAGGAUCAUGAAACUUCAUAGGUACAUUGAUCUUGACUCGCAGAUGACCCCUUAUGAUUUUCAGGUCACUAGAUCAAAGGUCAAGGUCACGAUGACCCGAAAUAGUUAAAUGGUCUCCGAAUGAUAACUCAAGAACACUUAUGCCUAGGAUCAUGAAACUUCAUAGAUACAUUGAUCAUGACUCGCAGAUGACCCCUAUUGAUUUAUUUUAGGAUCACAAGGUCAAAGGUCAAGGUCAUGACGACCCAAAACAGUAAAAUGGUUUCCGGAUGAUAACUCAAGAACGCUUAGGCCUAGGAUCAUGAAACUUCAUAGAUACAUUGAUCAUGACUCGCAGAUAACCCCUAAUGAUUUUCAGGUCACUAGGUCAAAGGUCAAGGUCAUGAUAACCCGAAAAAGUAAAAUGGUUUCCAGAUGAUGACUCAAGAACGCUUAGGCCUAAGACCAUGAGAACUACCGGGGUGAAUGAUUCUAACCAGUUUUAAAUCAUUGUUAUGAUUGCAUAACUGUACAUAUUUAAGUGGGGAUUAUGUUGGUGUGUAUGACUUAUUUAUCAUAUUGUGUUAACAUUUUGAAUAAUUUGUUUUAAUAUGAGAAGAAGAUUUAUUGUGUCUGUUUAGUACGAUUGUUUUUGCUUCAUUGAAACCAGAAUUUAAUCUUAAAAAGAUAUGUUAAGUAUAUAUUUUGCAAGGAAAAUAAAUGUACAUGCAUUAUAAAGAUAUAUGUAUGAAUAGAAAUUGUCUGUUAAUAAGUCUUUAACGCCUAACUUUUUUAUAUAAAUGAAGACCCAAACCUAAUGUCAAGUUUAUGAGUGGUGUUAUAUUUGUUUCAUUGUAUGAAAACACUAUAAACGAAUAAAUUGUCUAGUGUAAUUAAAGUUUGUUUUUUUAGCCCUGUAUCUAUAUUUUAUGUGUUGACAUUUGAAAAUCAUAAAGAAUAUGUACAAAACAAUUAUCACAGUAAAUGUUUAUAUAUUAUAUUUAAAGUCUCAAACGUUUCUUAGGUGUUAUGGAAGCAUUAAGUGUUUUCAUACUUUGUGUAUGAAGGAUCAAUUUCAAAGUUUUCUAACAUUUUAUGUAUUAAUACUCAGACUGAAACAUUGUUGGACGAUUUUGAGACAAACGCUUCAAAAGUGCUUCUGGUUUAUAGCUAAUAUUUAGUUUUCUAAAGCAUAUAAUUUCAAGUGUCUUUUUAUGCCCCCAGUAGGGUGGCAUAUAGCAGUUGAACUGUCCGUCAGUCAGUAUGUCAGUAUGUGUGUAUGUCAGCCCGUCCGUCCGAAAAAAACUUUAACGUGGGCCAUAACUUUUUCACUAUUGAAGAUAGCAGCUUGAUAUUUGGCAUACAUGUGUAUCUCAUGGAGCUGAAUAUUUUGAGCGGUGAAAGGUCAAGGUCAUCCAUCAAGGUCAAGGUCAUCCUACAAGGUCAAAUGUCAAAUAAAUGGCGUCUGUCUGUCCGAAAACUUUAACAUUGGCCAUAACUUUUUCAAUAUUGAAGAUAGCAACUUGAUAUUUGGCAUGCAUGUGCAUCUCACGGAGCUGCACAUUUUUAGUGGUGAAAGGUGAAGGUGAAGGUCAUCCUUCAAGGUCAAAUAUCAAAUAUAUGGCGUCUGUCUGUCUGAAAACUUUAACAUUGGCCAUAACUUUUUCAAUAUUGAAGAUAGCUACUUGAUAUUUGACAUGCAUGUGUAUCUCAUGAAGCUGCACAUUUUGAGUGGUGGAAGGUCAAGGUCAUCCUUUAAGGUCAAAGGUAAAAAAAAAAUAUAUAAAAAAAUAAAAGAGGCAUUCUCAUGAAGCUGAACAUUUUGAGUGGUGGAAGUUAAAGGUCAAGGUCAACCUUCAAGGUUAAAGUCAAAAAAGAAAAAAAAUCAAAGUGGCGUUCUCAUGAAGCUGCACAUUUUGAGUGGUGGAAGUUCAAGGUCAAGGUCAUCCUUCAAGGUCAAGGGUAAAAAAAACAUGAACAAAAUUAUUUUUUUCAAAGUGCAAUAGGGGGCAUUGUGUUUCUGACGAACACAUCUCUUGUUGGGCUAUAUUUUGGAAACACCAAAGAGAAGAAAAAACAUGCCCCGCUUUUAGGGUUCACCAAAAUUUAUUAACUAACAUACUACUACGUUGUUAAACAAUCAAUUUAAUCAAAAGGUAGUAAUUAGCUGUCCAAACAUGUGUUCUUUGGGCAUCAGUGUUGGACACUUCUAGUUUAUUUAUAUAUUUCUAUUGCAACCCAGCAAGUUUCAAUUAUUGUGUGACAUUUACCAUUGAUUAGAAUAGAUUUUGUACAUGUUCAAUAUUUAUUAAUCUUGACUUUCUACAUUCAUUAAAUAUAGAUAAUGUA